CGCCGGGCAAACAAAAAAAAACCUGGAAUGAAACAAAAACUAUAAAAGAGAACAUGACGGAAUUUAUUGCUACUUUCAAUUUGAAAACAAAUAAAUAAAUAGAAACUAAAUCAUUAAAAUCGCUGCUUUUGUAUAUGACCUCCGUUUAACGCUAGUCGUUGCUAUAAUCCACUUCAAUUUUAUCUAAAGUUUUGAGUAUAUUGGUUAUUAUUUAAAUUAGUUACUAAUUACUGAUUAAAAUUAAUCUCGUUAAUUGCAUCCACUAUUUUAAGGUGUCUAAUAACUAGUCACAUGCACAAUAUUCUUUAAAUAAGCCCAGAGAAAAGAAUCAAUAGGCGUUAUAUCGGGAAUAUUUGGAGGCCAUUGUAUAGGACUCUCGCGUCCAAUGCAGAUAACAUUUUCAUUAAAAAAAAGUGCUACCGGCGAACGUUAUGGGGUGGAGCGCCUUGUCGCCUUUCAAGGCUACUUUGUUUUGUUGCUUUCAUAAUUUUUAAAACGUAAUAUAGGAAAAACGGCUAAUAUACCUAUUGGCAAAAUACAUAUUUUUGAAAUCAGGAAACAUCCGAUUGGUAUGUCUGAAAAUAUAUAGGGUGUUUCAUUAAAAAAAAGCCUGACCAACUAUUGAUAUUUCCGUGGCUUAUAUUUUUAUAUUAAAUUAAAAUUAAAAAAAUGUCAGUAAAGUUAAACGACUUUUGUGUUGGUCACAAUUUUUUUUGAAAUGACGAUCUAGGGGUAUGUCAUCUUAUGAGGAAACACCCUGUACAUGAUAAUCAACUGCCUCGUCGUGUGACGUCAGAUAUUCUUGUUUGGGGCCCGUCUUACGUUGACAAAAUAUGACACAUAUGACUGAUGGACUCUUGACACUUGACAGCGGUUUUCAAUGUUGUUUGCACCAUAGAGCAAGUAAAAUAAGCUUAUUUUACUUACUCUAUGGUUUGCACAGAUUACAGAGUAGAACCACUGUGAUCUGUAGGUGUUUGUUGUUUUCGCGGAACGUGCAAGGACCGUUUUGCUGAAAAAUAGAACAUGGAUUCGAAAGUUCGGGCGAUGGAAAAGUGUUCUUUCGUGUUUACAGAUCAGCUAGAUGAAGAAAUUAUGCGAACUACAGAUUUGUGUGAUCUGAAUAACCUACUGACUGUUAAGCUGAAUAUCUGCCAGCAGUUUGACUAUAUAGGAAAGACCCGGUGUGAUUUCAGUUUUCUAUUCACUGAGCAAGCAUCUGAAUUCGAUCUAGUAUUGGAAGUUCUAGGCAAAGCGUUUCAGGUUUGCGACAAUACUUUACCACUACUUAGAGCCGCUGCGAAUUAUAUUGAAAACAGUCAAUCUAAUGUGAAAAACCAAUGCAUUAUAAUCAAGCUUCUCAAAUUAUUAUUUUCGUAUUUUUCCAAAGAGCAAACAACCGAGAUCCUUUUCGAAAAUUUAAAGCCUGAAUUCGUGUGCAACUUUUUGCUAUCGGCGUUGAAAAAUGUUGAUUGCAAAGCCGAAUCAUAUAAAACACUAAUUUCGUCUUUUGCCCUUUUUCCUCAACGGCAGCAAAUUGAUUGCAUUAACCAAGUGUUUCAAUUCGGCCGUGAAAAUUGCAAUUUAGACAUUUUGUGUGCUUUGGUAAACACUGUUUCUGAUAUAUUAUUAUUCGAUGAAGCAUCGUGCUUCAUCAAUGGUAAUACAUGGUCAUAUGUAGCAUUUUGCCUAUCGGGUUUCGAGUCCCAUUUGCAGAAGCAGGGCGCAUAUAUCUUGUCUAGAUGUGCAAACACACCCACCGGCAUUAACAGGGUGAAAUGUUUCAACUGUCCUAACAGGGAAAUUUCGUGGCGAGCCUUUUUCAUCUUGAUAGAGAUCGGCAGGGAGAAGCAACUGCAUUUAGUGGAACCCGCAUUAAAUCUAUUCAAACAUGCAGACGAUCUACCAUUCAUUUGGCAAAAGUGUAUUUAUAAAAUAUAUCUGCACCAUACCCAAUCGGUGAUUGUCUAUCGAAUUGCAAUUCACGUUUUAAAGCAAUCAUUUGCUGGAAGUGACCUCCAGGAAAUGAUCACAUUGGUAUUUCAGGCAAUUAACAAAAAUCAGUAUAAUGCUUUAUCGUGUAAAAUGUUUCAGACCUUAGGAGGUUUUUGUUCAGGCUUAGAGGCCAAGGAUUUGGAAAUUAUUGCAAAAGAGUUCACCACGAUCUCGUGGAACGUUGUUAGCUUUUGGAAAACCAUUCAGAGCAUUUUAACCGGUGAUAACAGAAGGGAAAUAUCAGCCACUUUGUGCCAAGAUAUCAUGACCAGUGCUUUAAAUCUGCCCCACGUCUAUAUAAGAGAUAAAUGCGUAAAGUUUUUGUUGGCCGCUUUAUGGGAUGGAAAUGACUACGAGAAGGUUUUUAAGCUCGUUUAUUCUGUAGCAUUAAACCAAGAUUAUGUACGGCUUUAUUGCUAUUCCACGGUAUCGGAGAGCGUUAUUCAGUCGGCUCUUGCAGACAUCGUAAAAUGCAACAUACGAAACGUUAAUUUCCGGAAAAUGUACACGUUAUUUGCCAUCGUGGAGUUUCACCGAACUCCAGUGCUCAAGUCGUUGCAGAUUCAGCCGAUAAUUAACCACGACAUUUCACUAUUAGGACGGACAUUCGGCAUGGAUGUGGCACUUUUCAUGCUUAUGUAUUUCAGUCAACAUUUGCACGAAGAAUCUGCAGACACUUUUCUUCAAAUGUUUACAAAGGACCAAAUCCGCAGGCAGGAAUUUUUGGCUUUAUUCGAACGGCCGGAACUGUUUAGCGAUAGUCAAUUGUAUGUGGCUUUAGUUUUAGCAAGCAAACACUUGCAUCACGAUAUUGAAAUUGUACCGAAGUUAAUGGAAAAUUCCUUUGGGAUAUCAAUAAUUAAAUCAACCAAUGAAUUUGUCAUUAAAUCGACUGAUUGGAAAGUUUGUAGGGCGUCUUUGGACUUUAUAUGCAAUAAAGGGAAAUUGUCGCUUUCAGAAACGCAAAAUGCUAUUCAAGUGUUCCAGCACUUGCUUGACUCACAGCCAAAUAAUGUUUUACCGAAACUAUACGAAACCGUCCACAAGUUACUCCGGCUAACUGAAGCACCGCAACUGCUAAUUGAUUUCGCGGCGAUUUUGCACCAGCAUGUAUUUCAAAUUAAAAAGGACCAAUAUUACAAAGAUAUUUUAAGUGAAUUCAUUAAAAUAGUCUAUUCCGAAACGUUUAUCCGAUUCAACAGUGAUGGUUUUGUGGCCAUCGGCAAUGAUUUAGUUCGUCUUGCCGAGUCGUGCUCAUUCUUAAGAUUCGUCUUGAUUACACAAAUUGGACUGCUGGAUUCAGGUGAUUUCGAUUGCUAUGUAACUUGUUUGCCAGCGAUUGCAGAUUUAUACGGUCAAGGCACCAUAGUAACAAGUGAUGAAAGAACCCACUUUUACAUGUGCCAGGAAUUUAUCGAUGAUGAGCAAGGAAGCAACGCUCAUUCACGUUUGGGAAAUCGUUCCAAUCCAAAUCUGCAGUCUGCUGCCUCUAGACUGUACGCACUGAAAAAUCUACUGGCAAUAGGAAAGCGAGAGCCUGAGCUCGUUCUGAAUAUCUUACAAGAACGAUACAAGCUCUAUUUCAAAAAACGUUACUUUCCUGAUUCAAAGAUUCAUUAUGAGAAGUUACGAAUUCUGCAAGCGAUGCUACUGUUAGUGUCUGAAAAAGGUUUCCCAGAAGAUCUACGUGAACGAACUAGUUGUUUUGUUUUGAAAAAUUUGCAAGAAGAGUCGAAUCAAAACUGCAUCAAGCAAAUACUAAACUGCAUUUUAAUUUUCCUGCUAAAGGACGUAUUUUUACUGAUAAAAUGGAUGAAGUCGAUUCCUGAAAUGUCGCCUGCAGUUUUAAUAAGUGUAGUUCCUGCCAUUUACCAUCUUACUUUGUUAGGCGACGAAAACGCUCUUCAAGCAGUCGUCGAAGUGCUGUUGCCUUGGACUAUGGGGCCCCAAUUAAAGAGUCGAGUCUACUCUCAGGUUUGUAUUCAACGACUGAUCGAACACGGUAGAAAAAUGAAAUAUACCACAUUCGUAAGCAGGAACGAGCAUCUGGCCGGCUGCAUUGACAGUGUGCUGAAAGAAACGGGCGCUAUUUAUACGAACACUUUGGCGCUUGACUUGAUUGUCUUAAAAUAUUUUCACCCGCAUCAACACGUUCCGUGGUUGUGUCUGUUCUGUGAUUUGCCACGCUUGAAUAAGGUUGGUCAAGUGGAAUGGCAAAAUUUACAAUUCCUCUUAGAUAAUUCAACAUCGGAAAUAUACAUCGACAAAUUGCAACAUAUCGAAUUCUGCAAAGCGACCGAAACAUUUUCUACCCGAAAAACUGUAUGCGAUAGUCUGGAAACCAAUGAGAACAUGAAUGGCAUGUCCCAGCUACAGACCAAGAUAGUGCCAUGGAAAACUGCUUUGGACCAAACUAGCACGGAAGCGAACUCAGAUUUUAUUCUGGUGGCGUCCUUAAUAGACAAAGCCCAAAACCUGGGCGGAUUGAGUAGAACUUGCGAAGUGUUCGGCAUCCAAAACGUCGUUUUCCAUAAUGCAAAAAUAACCGAUGAGAAAGAGUUCAAAAGUUUAAGUAUGUCAUCGGAAAGUUGGAUCAACCGGUUUGAAGUGAAAGUGAAGGAUUUGCGAGAUUAUUUGUGGGCACUGAAAAGCCAAAGUUAUCGUAUUAUCGGCGCCGAACAGACUGUGGGAAGUCAGCAGCUUGAUAAAUUCAGCUUUCCACGCAAAAUUGCCUUAGUGCUGGGGAAUGAAAAGACUGGUAUUCCGCCGGAUAUAAUUCCGCUAUUGGACACCUGUUUGGAAAUUCCACAGUUUGGCCUGACUCGUUCUUUAAAUGUUCACGUCGCCGGAGCGAUGUUCAUGUGGGAAUUCGUUAAACAGCACGGCAGGAAACCGAGCGUGGACUAAAUGAACCAUCUUCGGUAUGCUUUUGAUAUUUACGAGUAAUUGGAGGGUAGCAAUAGACGAAAACCUUGACUUCGGCCUACUGUGACGUCGUCCUAUUACUUCGGCAAUUUGCAGUAUUGCUGGUAACAUUGAAAUUACAGCAUUACAAAGCUCAAUAACGGAAACACCGCAUUUUACUUCUGCUGUACUGUUUUGCAUCUUUUAAUAAACUUUAUUUUUUUUUUAUUAA